AUGCAUGCGGGCCAGUCAAGCAUUCCUGUAUCCCAAUGUCCUAAGUGCAACAAGUUUCACCAAGGAGAAUGUUUGUAUGGAAAAUAUCUAUGCUAUAAGUGUGGUCAACCCAGUCAUAUGGCUUCUUCAUGCCCAUCAAUUAAGAAACCCAAACAAGAGAAAAAAAGAAAAGCAAGAGUGUUUGCUUUGACUCACGAUGAGGUUGCCAAAAAUUCGGAUGUGAUUCCAGCUAAGAUUAAUGCUUCAUGUCAUAAGAAUGAUAGUGUACUAGAGGUGAGUAUGCCAUCAAGUGGAACUAUUGAUAUGGAUAGGAUAGAUAAAGGGGUACAGAUAGAUUUUGAUGGACUGACUUUAGAGGCUAACUUGUAUGUGAUAGAGAUGAAAGAUUUUGAUAUUAUUUUAGGCAUGGAUUGGUUGGGUGAGAAUCGAGCCAUGAUAGUAUGUUUUGAGAAAGAGGUAAUUUUUCGAAGACCGGGAGAAGAGGAGUUCAGAUUUUGUGGAUCGAAGAUUAAGGCACUUCCUCGAGUUAUCUCAGCUUUAAAAGCAGAGAGCAUGUUAAGAAAGGCUGAUUGUCAAGAAUAUCUUGUUAGUAUUACUAGCACAUCCACUCAAGAGAAAGUAUUAGGCAAUGUGCCAAUAGUACGAGAGUAUGUUUACGUGUUUCCCGAAGAUCUACCGGGUACUCCACACGAUAGACAAGUGAAGUUCACGAUAGAUCUGAUAUCUGGAGCUAUCCCUGUGUCCAAAUCUCUAUACCGAAUGUCACCAAAGGAAUUACAGGAGUUGAAGAUGUAG